AUGAUUUCUCUUGUUGAUCUAAAUCUCCGUCACAAUAGACUCAGCGGAAAUCUUCCUGAAGUAUUUAUGAAUGCCAAGAACUUAGGGUCACUUGAUGUCAGCCACAACCAAAUGGAGGGAAAACUGCCUGCUUCUCUUAGUGGUUGCUCUGCUCUGGAAGUUCUAAAUGUGGGAAGCAACAGAAUCAACGACAUGUUUCCCUUCCAGUUGAAUUCUUUGCAGAAUCUUCAAGUUCUUGUCCUCCGCUCUAACAAGUUUCACGGAACGUUACAUAAUGUUGUUGGGGUUUCGUUUGGAUUUCCUCAGUUGAAAAUCAUCGAUGUGUCACAUAAUGAAUUCGUCGGUACUUUGCCCUCAGAUUACUUCAUGAACUGGACUUUGAUGUCCUCCAAGAGAGAUAAUAAUAGGGAACCAGAGUACAUUAGGAAUCCUCGUACAUACCGCUACUACACUUCACUUAUCUUGACGAGUAAAGAAGUGUCAAUGGAGAUGGAUCGUAUCCUUACAAUCUACACGUCCAUCGAUUUUUCGGGAAAUCAACUCCAUGGAAAAAUUCCUGAUUCCAUUGGUCUGCUGAAGGAGCUUCGUAAUCUCAACAUGUCUAGCAAUUCAUUCACGGGCCACAUCCCAUCUUCUUUGGCAAACCUGACAAAUCUGGAGUCACUAGACCUAUCCCAAAACAAGAUUUCUGGUGAGAUUCCUUUUGAGCUUGGCACCCUCUCUUCUCUCGAGUGGAUAAAUGUUUCACAUAACCAGCUUGUAGGUUCUAUACCACAAGGCACACAGUUUCAACGGCAAAAAUGCUCUUCCUAUGAGGGAAACCCCGGACUUUAUGGUCCUUCCCUUAAGGAUGUUUGUGGAGAUAUCAAAGCGCCAACACCACCACAAUCUGAACCCUUGGAGACACAAGAAGAAGAAGAAGAAUCACUGAGUUGGAUAGCAGCAGGUUUAGGCUUUGCACCUGGAGUUGUAUUUGGACUGGCGAUGGGAUACAUAGCUUCAUACAAGUAUCAGUGGUUCAUGAAGACUUUUGGCUGA